CUGGUGGGAACAUGGCGGCUGGGUGGAUAUUGAUAUUCGCAGUGUCACGGACAUCAACACGUUUCUGGUUUUAAUUUCUCGGAAUGGUAGUUUGACUAUGGUGAACUAGUUUGACGAUCUCUCGCAAAGAACAGUGUACUUAAUCGCUUGGUGACACUCAGAGAGCAAAAAUGCCGCGCAGCGGAAAGAUGGCCGUGGAGGAAACGGCAUUUUUCAUGUGUGACAUACAAGAAAAAUUCCGACAGGCCAUACGCUACUUUCCUGAAAUUACGGAUGCAGCCCAAAAACUGCUUCAAUUGUCUAAGCUCCUGAAGAUACCACUAAUCGUAACAGAGCAGUACCCAAGUGGUCUUGGCAACACAGUAGCUGAACUGGACAUUAACCAUGCUGUGGGAGUCCACCAAAAAACGAAGUUCAGUAUGGUAGUUCCAGAGGUGAUACGCUUCCUAGAUGGACCAAUUGGAAAGCAAAUAGAAGUCGUCGUCCUUUUUGGUAUUGAAGCUCAUAUAUGUGUGGAGCAAACAGCCAUGGAUUUGCUGGGCCAUGGAAAGAUCGUACACAUUGUAGCGGACGCAACCUCGUCUCGAAGUCAAGAUGACAGAAUUCUCGCAUUUGAGAGGCUCCGUCAAAUAGGCUGCUUCGUAGAUACAACAGAGAGCAUUAUUUUCAAGUUGGUGAAAGACAAGGGUCACCCACUUUUCAAUGACAUCCGCCAGAUGAUCAAGAAUGUCACACACGACACUGGUCUUUCAAAGAUGUGACGACAGGAAGUGCUUGUACAUUAAAAAGCUUUAUUUUUACAACAGUUGACAAGCUGGGUCCUCCUCAGGUCAUGUACAAAGCACUAGCACAGGCAUCACCACCUUCAGUAUAUUCAGUAACAGAAACAGGUGGGAGUUAAAGUUAUUAGAGAUCUUUGGUACAACCAGAAAUCUUUGGCAUGACCAUUGACAAUAGAACAAUGUGAAAUGUUAACAAAGGGAAAUGGGGACAACAUUCAGUUGGUACCCGUUGAGCCGAAUCCUCCCUCACCCCGUGCAGUGCUGUCCAGCGACUGGAAAGAAAACACAUAUUUCGCAAGAGCAUGUGAUGUUGCCUAGCCUAAAAACAACACGCUUGCAAAAUGUUGGGGCUUUUGAACCCUUCAGUGAAAACUACUUCCCAUUCCCAAAUACCCAAUACAACCAACAUGUUUCCUGUUCCUCAUGUCAGGGAGCUUCUUCAAAAAAGAAAGCUCGACUUCCAAAACAGAGGUUGCCCACUUUUUUUGGACAGUGCCAUCUCCCAGAGUGAUGCAACAUAUCAGGAAAAACAGCCGAAGACUGCUUUGCCAGUGGUCGCGCCAACGUGGUGCAUGCAUGUACACAGCAGCAAAGCACAUGUAUGCACGCUUAUAAAUAUGUGUACUCCACUGCAAACACAGGGUCUCUACCAAAUUGCAGCCUCCAAAGUCCCCGACUCUUCCAGGUUUCCACUGACUUUUUCGAGGCAAUUCCCAGACAAAAACAGAAGGGGAACAUGGUUCCUGCUCCUACAUUUUGAUUCUGGUCACUCGUAAAAUACAUUAUUUAUCGAAUAACCGUAUAAUAUGGAUCAUUUUAGUUAAUUCAAACAAACAGAACGUAAAUAUGUACAUGUUUCUUAGUUGGUUUUUAAGAGAACCUAUUUUGUUCCUGCGGUAGGGAGACCUCAUGCUGUGCCUCAUUGAUGACCCUCAUGUAUAUAUAUAUUUUUUUUUUGUUAAAUCUCAUGCUGUGACUACAGCUGCUUUUUGGCAGCUUCCCUGACAAUACCGACUUUUUCACUAACAUCAAAAACAAAAUCAACAAAAUUCCCAAACAAUUCCCGAUGUUCCAGGUUCCCUGAAACAUGUUCUAACAGUUGAUUAGGGCUGUGUGAAUAUUCAUUUUAGAACUGAAACAAAUAUGUUACAUGACCAAACAUAUGCAUUUGUGCGGAAAUAGAAGCAGGUGUAGAGCGUGUUGGUUUGAAGUAACCAUGGUGAAGAACAGACAUCAUGAUGAUGACGAGGUGGAGUUUAAUGGCGCAUAAGCAACUAUAGCUAUGAUGCAUCAAGGAAACACACAUACGAAGCACUUAUCUUUACAUGAAACAGCUCUCACUUUGCUUGCCAUGUUUUCUUGUAGUGCUUUUGGGCUUACAGGUUUAGCUUCAGAAUGCAUUUCAUUUGAAGAGACAUCUCUUUGAUUCAAAGUUGGAAAGUAUAUUUCCAUAUCCAAUCCGGAAUUUUAAUCGAAUACACAAUGACUUUGUUACUCGAGAUAUCCAAAUAUUUGCACACCCUUCUCUGUAUCUGCAAUCCAGACUACUUGCAAUUUUGAUGUUCUUCUAAUUAAAUGACUACUAUUAAUGCUGA